CAGCAUAUGUUUUACAAUAAUAUCUGCUCAAACCUUUACAGUCCUUCAGGUUAGUGUGAAAGAGAAGCCAUGGAGAACUAUUCUUUGGACAGAAAAGUAUAUUUUCACUUUGUUGUGUUCAAGUUGUGUUCUGUUUUGUAGACAAAAAGAUGACCUCAUGGAGAUGAUUAGGAAAUUUAAACCCCUGAUGAAGUCUGUGAGUAAGGUUCGAAUCCUAAUGAUCGGUCCUGUAGGAGCUGGAAAAUCCAGUUUCUUCAACUCCAUCAACUCCAUCUUCAUGGGCCGCAUGACCAGCAAAGCCAUGUCAGGAUCUGCAGGAACUAGUGUCACCACGCAGUAUCGCACAUAUCAAGGGAAAGAUGGUCCUGAAAGAAAGCCGUUGCCGUUUGUGUUGUGUGACACCAUGGGAGUCGAGGAGCAAUCAGGUGCAGGACUGAAUAUUGAGGACAUCAACAGCAUUCUUCAAGGUCAAGUACCAGACCGCUAUAAAUUCAACCCUACAGCACCAUUUAAACCUGAUGAUCAAAAAGCCUCCAGACCUGCAUCUCUGCAGGAGAAGAUCCACUGUGUGGUCUACGUGAUCGACGCCACCAAAAUCUCCCUCAUGUCUGAUAAACUCGAGGAGAAACUUGCUUCUAUACGUAGUCAGAUAAACUCACUGGCCAUUCCCCAGAUCGCCUUGAUGACCAAAGUAGAUGAAACAUGUCCUCACGUGCAGAAAGACCUUCAAAGCCUCUACGCAAGCUCCUACAUCAAGUCAAAGGUUCAGGAGGUGAGCUCUCGGUUGGGUGUGCCGGUGUCUUGUGUGUUACCGGUGAAGAACUACAGUCAGGAGCUGGAGCUCAACUGUGACGUCCUGCUGCUCUCCGCUCUACAGCAGAUGCUUCGCUUCGCAGACGACUAUCUAGAUGAUGAUCCCAUGUAGGCCAUAUAAUGUGCUGCAUAGACAUGGGUUUACACUGAUCAGCCGUAAUAAUAAAACUACUGAAAUUA